AUGGCUGCUGUGGAACCGCGCGCGAUGCAGACGCCCAAAAAGCUUAGAUCACCGCUAAAAUCUUCUGUGCAUACACAGAAUUCCAUGGCGGGAACACGCACGCCCAGCACCUCCAGUCUGGCGCGAUCUACCGAGCAAGGCGUAUCGAACGAGCCGAUUCAAACCUUUCUGCGCAUCCGACCACCCCUGUCUGAGCCUGACAAUGAAUCGUGUAUCGAUGUCCUUUCAGAUACACAGGUCGUGAUGCAUGUGCCUUCAGAUACCCAAUUGUCGAAAUCCCGCUCACGCAGCACGACUGCUGCGCCCAUCAAGUACACAUUUUCUCGCGUAUUCGCGCCUUUACCGCACGGAACCCAGAAUCAUGCUCAGGCGCAGCAAGACUUUUUUACCGCCACUACGCUGCCUUUAGUUGAAGACGUACUAGCAGGGAAAAACAGUCUCGUAUUUACGUACGGGGUCACGAACUCCGGUAAGACGUACACGGUCCAGGGUCCUCAUCGUCGUGGCGAAGCUGGGAUUUUGCCUCGCGCUAUUGAUGUCAUCUUCAACAGUAUUGCAGGCCGUGAAUGUACCAAAGCUGUCCGGCCAGUAGGGCUCACCGGCGUACAUCCAGGCAUCUCCGAUCCAAGUCAAAGUUUACUCGCGAGUCGCUCUCGGACAAAGUUGAAGACAAACCAUCGCACCAUGAUGACUCCGACCUCUGCAAGAGACGCUGAAGGAGCCGUGGAUAUGGACCCGACUAGUGUCGAAGUAAACCCAGACUAUCGCUACAGCGUGUGGGUCAGCUACGUGGAAGUGUAUAAUGAGAAACUGUAUGAUUUGCUCGAGUCGCCGACCCAGUCGCUGCUAACGCGGCCUGAUCGAAGCGAUAAUGAGUCCACAACGCCAGCACCUACGCGUCGACCCCUGCUAUUGAAAAGUGAAGCGGAAAGUGGUGGUAAAUUCGUGAGUGGGCUCAAAGAAAUCAAGGUAUCAUCUAUCCUCGAAGCCCGCGAACUCAUCCGCUGCGGCAUGGAAAAUCGCUCUGUCUUUGGUACUAUGGCGAAUCGCUCAAGCUCGCGCUCGCAUAGUGUGUUUACGAUCAAAAUCCUGCGAGAACAUACUGGAGUGGAUGUGCCUUUGAACGACGUAGCAGGUCUGUCGCGCAAGUAUUCUGUGUCACGCCUGAGUAUCGUCGACUUGGCAGGCAGCGAGCGCAUCUCUAACACAGAUAUCUCGUCAGGGCCACGUCUAAAGGAAGCUGGGAGCAUCAACAAGAGCCUUAUGUGCCUCGGACAAUGUCUGGAAACCAUGCGCAAAAACCAAACUCGAGCCGGCAUCAGUCCAUCCAUCCCAGACAGACUGUCCUCCAGCUCUGGGCUUCAUGAUGCGCAGCGGAAACGCCGUCAAAGCAUCGUACCAUUUCGUCACUCCAAGCUUACGGAAUUGUUCCAAUCUUUCUUUAUGGGAGAUGGUAAAGUUCGUAUGAUUGUGAAUCUCAAUCCCACUGGCACUGGCUUCGAAGAGAACGCGAAUGUGAUGCGAUUUAGUGCCAUGGCGAAGGAAGUGGGCAUUCAUGUCACAUCAUCAGCCGCUCCAGCGUCCGAUGUAUCGUCCUCUUUCGUCCACGACACGAGCGUUGUAGAAAUGUCACAUGUCAGCGACGACGAAGAUGACGACGAAGAACAAGAUGAAUUUGUCAACAUGCUCUUGGCAGAGAACCAGCGCCUGCGCCUGCAGUGCGAACGUGCCGAAAGCGCGUGCCGGAUCGUCGAAGAGACUGUCCGCAGCGAAAUGGGACAACAUCUUGCUGCUACUCUGCAAAAAAUGCAGCGAUAUUAUGAGCAUCAACUUCAGGCGGAAAUAGAUGCCAGCGAUGCCUUUAUGGACCGCAAAAUCGACCUGUUUACCCGCCUAACACAAGCUGUCCAUGAUGAGCCUGUAUCAGCCAAUUCCAACGUCACGACAGAAGAUAACAUCAUGAUACCCCCGAACCGCAUUUUAUCCGAGUCCCGCAAUCACAUCAACUAUACAUCUGAGCCGAGUACUGAUUCAACGGCUCAGCGCACAUCUCCCAGGCCCAAACAUGCACCCACAAGAACAUCUAUAUCGGCUGAGGAAUCGCAAGAUGCUGUCUACCUAUCAGAACCAUCUAGCCCAUCAAAGCGGUACCGGAAACUUUGUCAGAAAACUGCCAUUCACACUGAUGAAAUGGACAUGAUCGCUCAGGAUCUUAAUGCAUAG